AUGCCGCCCGUCACCCACGCCCAAGUCAAGGCUCUGUAUGAGGCCACCCGCGCCGCCGCAAGCACCUUCUCCUCCUACAACUUCCGGAUGUACUUCCUCCGGCGUACGGACGAGGUGUUCGCCCCCGCCCUCGCCGCACUGGGCGACACUCCGCCCGCAGCUGCACUCGCUGCUGCCAAGGCGGCCGGCAACGCACCAAACAACAUGACGCGCGAGCGCCUCGAGGCGUUCAUGGGUGAACGGGAGGCAGCCUUGGCGGCUCUGAAGCGAUCGGGAAUCACCAACGCAAUGAUCGGAGGGAUAUCGCACGAUGGGUCACAGCCGGAAGAGUUUAAGAAGAUCAUUAGUAUCGUCGACGACAAGAUGGACGCAGUCUACACUCUAAAACCGCAGAAUCAAACAAUCACAUUGCACAAACUAAUACCUAACACGAUCUGA